UAUACCUAAUGAGCGGAUGUUUUCUCGCCAUAGUGGUAGUGAAUACUCCCGAUGUGGUGUUUUAUUUGGGAUAAGUAAUUGAUCUGAGAGUAAUUCUACAGCCAUGGUGUGUCCGUCGCGCGGUGUUUGGUGCGCUCUUCUCGGCUGUGGUGUAAUGGCGGCGCUGACAGCACGAGCGCUUUUAACCGGAAUGGCACAUGGCCUGUUCCCGGCUCUCUGCGCUGUAGCUCUGAGCAUCGCCGUCGCUCUCAGUGGCUGGUGUGUGACAGGAGACAGGCGCAGUGUGUGCAGCAUCGUGCGUCACUACCUGUCUGUGAGGUAUGUUACUCGAGCGGGGAGACAACAGAGAGACACGCUGGAGAGAGACACACUGAGUGUACGGAGAGUGCAGGAGGAGACGCUUCUCAGACAGCUGAGAGACAUGAAAAACACACACUACGGAUGCGAAUAUCACUUCGGUUCUAUCACAGACACCGUGGAUUUCCGAAAGCGUCACCCCAUCACUACAUACGAUCAUUAUGAGAAGCUCGUACAGCAGGUCGCUUCCGGAGAGGAAAAGGUCGUCGUCAUGGAGACACCCACCCUAACAAUGACCUCAGGGUCAUCAGGAUGCUGCAAGAUGCUCCUGAACACCAAAAAAACCAACAGUGACUACUUCUUACAGGGCUUGUCGGUGUGUGUAGACGUCAUGAGGAAAUGUUUCCCGGGUACGAUGAGUCUCCAGACGACCUUCAGAGUGUGUUACCCAUCAGCUGAACGUUACUCUGAGGCAGGACUGAAGAUUGUAGCGGCACCGUUUUCCUCUGAAGACACACACCACCUCUGCACAAGUCCUGCAGCCAUCUUGCAGGUGCAGAAUGAGCACGAUGCCUUGUACCUUCAGCUGCUCUUCGCCCUAAAGGAUCGUCAUGUUGGCGUCCUGGAGUCCAGGUUCUCCUGCAUAGUGUUGGACACAUUCAGACUCCUGGAGAAGCACUGGGAGGAGCUGGCUGAUGAUGUGGAAUCGGGUCGGAUCAGCUCCAGGCUUCAUUUGGAUGCUCGGCUCAGGUUGGCGCUGGAAAAGCGCAUGAAGCCGGAUCCUGUUCGAGGAGCAGAACUCAGGACUGCCAUCACUGAGGGCUUCGAAGGCAUUGCUCUCAGACUGUGGCCUCAUUUACAUCUGAUUCACAGCACUGACUCGGGGCCGCAUCAGAUUUAUGGAGAUGGUCUCAGACAACAUUACUGCAGGGGCGUGCCCUUCUAUUCUCCGCUUUACGCUGCCUCAGAAGGUCUGAUUGGAGUGAAUUUGUGGCCGCUCCAAGACAGGAGACAUUACCUGCUCUGUCCUCGCUCUAUGUUCUUCGAAUUUCUACCAGAGGAACAUCUAGACACACAGCACACACUCAACACACUCAGUACGCUGCUCAUGGAUGAGGUGGAGGAGGGGAAAAACUACGAGUUGAUCAUCACCAAUGCCUCAGGACUGUUCAGGUAUCGCCUUGGAGACGUCGUAAAAGUGGUGGGGUUUCACAACCGGUGUCCGGUGGUGGAGUUUCUUUACAGACCAAGCGAGACGCUAAAUGUUCGAGGUGAAAAAGUGAACGAGGCCUUGUUUUUAGCCGCUCUAAAGAAAGCAGUGGCGCAGUGGCCCGGCGCAAAACUGAUGGAUUACUGCUGUGCUGAGAGUGGAAUUCUGGGAGACUCAUCAGGAGGAGCUCAGCCUCAUUACCAAGUGUUCCUGGAGCUAAGAGGAGUCAGGAACCUCACCGAGGAACAGCGCUAUAAGCUGGACGUGUGUCUGCAGGCCGACUGCGCCAUCUACAGGUCGUUCCGGAUCAAAGGGAGCAUUGGACCAAUGAGAGUGCAACUCGUUAAUGAGGGGGCGUUCCUGGAGCUGAAGAAACACAUGAUCUCCUUCUGCCACACCUCCCCCAACACGUUUCAGAUGCAGCGUGUCAUUCGCAGGAAAGAAUACGCCGACUUCCUGCUGAGGAAAACUGUUUCCUGAUAAGCAGAGACCGUAUACACAAUCAGAGUUUCUUCAGAUGAGGACUGACACACAAUGUUAACACGUACAAUUCUGUUUUGUGCCGCAAUGCCUUCUGGGUACAUUGUGCUCCUGAAGUCGUCUACAGUGAUGUUGACUGAUGAAACAGGGUAAGAGAACAAGUGUAAGUUCAUUGUGGGCAGAAAUGAGUUAAUAAACAGUUUACAUCAAUGCUCAUAUAUUGACCGCUACAGUGUAAGACCUGAGUAGCCUAGCAACCUGAUGCUACAUGGUUAUAAUCUGACUGAAAAAUGCAUCAGGAAUUUUAUUUAGGAUUGUGAUGAAAGUUAGUGAAAAUGUUACCCACUGAUGAUUAUGGAUUAGCGUUAAAAGGCUGGGAGUGCGAUUCGGUUAAACUAAGAAAUGGUGUCACUUUAGAAGAUUCUUAAAGCUUGGUGUCCUGUCAGUUAUACUGAAUAUACUGUAUAUACACAUCUCAUAGAAACUCAAUGUUUAUACUAGUUUAUCUUAAAUCUCUCGAUGCAUACAACUUUGUAAUGUUUUGGGAAUGCUCAAGAUAAAAGUUUUAUGAUUACUGAAAGCUGAGGUGCUGCAGACACCACAAACGCAUUUUGUAAGCUGAAGAACGUUAACUAGCUAAAUGUGUCUGUUACGGGAUACUCCCUAAUAAGAAUGUGACCUAGAUCUCCAGUUACUUGACUUCAACUUUACUUGAUUUGAGCUUGAUAGGUUUGCUAAGAUGAUGGCAUGUUUGCAAGCUAGCAAGCUAAGCCUGUUAGAUUCUUAGUUGGUUCACUGAUGCGAUAGUUAGCGACUUAGCUGGGAUGAAAUGAGUGUCGCAAAGACGGAGCUCCUCGGACCAAAUAUUGUUCCUGAUAAUUGUCAGUAAUCAAUCACGUCUUAAUCAAGCAUAUGGUAAAAAUGAACCUGAUCACGAACGUAUUUCCAAUCCUGACCCCAACAGCACAAAGUGACAUUUUAGAAAACAAAUUCUGGGUCUAUUCCUAAAUAUUUUCAAAGGGGGGGGAAAUAAAAAUAGGUAAAAGAAAUAAAAUGAAACAACUGACAGAAUAAAAAAAAACAGAUGUGAGAAAGAAACAAGAAAGACAGAAAGAACUGAUCGAGAAGUGUGUGUGACUUGUUUCUCCAGCAGAUGGUGCUGCAGUGCAUCCUUCUACACCCAGGAAGAGGACAACAGAUUAUUAUUAUUAUUAUUAUUAUUAUUAUAUGAACACUUACAUGUGUGUUCAUGGAGGAUAUUUUAGUUUUUUAUUUCUCAGUACAGUUUAUAUCAUAUUUGGGAAACAUCAAAAGCAUGUUUUUUGUGCAGAAAAUAAAGAAGGGAUGAAAGAAGGAGAGAAAGAAAGUAAAAAUGAUAGAGGAUAUAAUGGAGAAGGCAAGAGAAAUAACAACAAAAGGAUGGAUGGAUGGAUGGAUGGAUGGAAGAAAGACAAAAAAGGUAAAGGAGUGAGACAAAGAAAGAAAUGGAGAGAAAAGGAAAAAAGUAAAUGAAAAUACAAACCUAAAAGAAAGAUACAAGAUGAGAAAGAAGAAGAAGAAAAGGGUCAAAACAAUGGAUGGAAGAAGGAAAUGUGAAGAAAGAAAGAUGAAAAUAGACUAUGUGCUGAACCCAAAAUUUGUGCUUUUGUGUGACCAGUGUUUGGUAGCUAAAAAAUAUUUUCAAAUACUGUAUAAAAGUAUAUUUUGUUAAUCAUGCGAAACUUGUCAAUUGUGAAACUUGCACAUAUAAUAGAAAAAUGAAAAAAAGUGGAUGAAAAUUUAUUUCGUGAGAUAUAUUAUCCAAUCAAAACACACGUCUUAUCACAAUUGUGCUGCUUUCUACAUCCAAUCACAUGUCUCCUCACAUUUGCCCUGCUCCCAGCACAGCACAGCAAUGUUGUCUGUGUCAUCAGAAGCAGAUAAUUCUCAAGGAAAUUUUUCUGCAUUUUGUUGCAUGCACACGACAAAUUCACAUGGUGAAGUUCUUCCUUUUAGUGAAAAGAGUUUCAAAAAAUUCAGAGUCCACCGCAUUGAGGAAAGAGUUGGAAGAAAGACUGAAAUAGUUGUGUGUGUAUAAGAUGCAAUGCAGAAGCUGGGCAAGGCAAUGACUGCAGAAAUGUAGCUUCUGCAGACUAUGAUGCAGGUGUCUUUUGGAAAAGAGUCGGAUAUUGAAGAUGAGAUUUUGGUCUUUAAGAAUCCACUGAUGUUCGCGAAAGAGAUGUAAACUAAACAGCUUUUAGUACAGCGCAGUCUAACGUGGGUCUUAUUGUAGAACCUUGCGUUUUCUCAUUUUGUUUUGAAGAAGAGGGCAUAUUGUAAAUUGACUCUUUAGAAAGAAAAAUGAGAUACCACAGUGAGGUUUUUUUUUAUUCAUCGCAUUUUUCAUACUUCAAUCAGUUUAUCUACUUUUUAUAGUCAAAAAUCUAAACAGCUUUUAACUUGUAUGUCAUAAGACCAAGUGUAAUUUGAUGUUUUUCCCUUUUUAAACCACAAUAUUAUCCUUGUUUUCUCAGUCCCAAAGUUCUAUUUCUUGUAUUUGCAACCAUGAUAACAUUUCAACAAUGAAACAAACUCAUUCCAGGAUCUUGUUUAAGCUUCUGUAUGUAGUGUCUUGCAAAAGUAUUCAUCCCCCAUUGGUGUUUGUCCUGUUUUGUUGCAUUACAAGCUGGAAUUAAAAUGGAUUUUUGGAA